GAAAUUCUGCAAAGGAAUCCCUGUCAGAUAGCAGCUGUUAUCAUAAACUGUCAUUACGCCCACAAGUGGGGACGUAAACAAUUCACUGAAUUUGUAAAAUAUGCUAUUUUUGUGAAUAUAAUUGGCAAGGAGAAUGUCACCGUGCGUUACGAAAGUGAACUCAAACUUGGCGGCCGUCACUUUUUUCGCUAAAACUCACGCUGGUGAUGUUUGCGGCAGCAAUGGGCUUCCGCUUACUCCUAAUUCCAUUGCGAUUUUGGGGCGAGCGCAAUACUUGAAAACGAUAGAACAUCCGAAUUUGUGUGAAUAUUUGGAUAUUAUACGAGGGAAGCAUGAACGAACCAUUAUCGUUUCGGAAUAUGCUGGAGCACCACUGGAUGAAAAGAUCAAAAUAUGCAAUGACGUCAAGACGAUUUUGAGAAUAUUCUACCAAGUCGCCGAGGGGUUAAAUGAAAUAAAUGAUCAUGGAUUUGCUUGCCACAACUUAGAGCCGAGCAAUAUUCUCCUGGACAGUCAGAAUAACGUGAAACUUUUUAAUUAUGGUCUUUUCUAUAUGACCAAGCAAGGCGAAUAUGUAUCGUUUCCUAUCGGAAACAUCCGGUAUUUACCACCAGAAAGAUUGCUAGGUUCACAGAAUAACAUCAAAAGUGAUGUUUGGAGCCUUGGAAUGAUAAUCGCAGAACUCUUUCUUGAAUGUCAGUUCUGGUCAUCUUUAAAGAUCUCAAAUAUCAUUCGAAAGAUCCUAUCUCUAUCGAAUGUAUCUAAAGUUUUUGAAAAGAUUGCUCGUGAGCACAACUGCUUCGAAAAAUACGACAAUUUAAACAGUGACGUACGUGAGCUAAUUGAACGAUGUUUGUCGACAAGUAUUUCAUCGCGUCCUAUGCCCAAUGAUAUAAUCAACAACAAAUUGUUUCAAGAAAACAUUGAAACCUAUGCAUAUAAGGCUCCACCAAAACCAGAACAGUUGUUGCUCCGCUGUCCUUUGAAACAAGUUUACUAUUUAUGGCAACUGGCGGGUGGAGAUGUUCAAACCGAACUGAAAAAAGAGGGGCUCAUUCGUAGUGAAGCUCCAAUUUUAUCUAUGCCGAAAAUUGUCUGUUUGAAUGGAAAGAUCGGCGGAUCGAAAAGGAGUCAAAGUCACUUAGCUGACAACCGAAUAGUUAUACUUCGCUUGAAUAAUUUGGUUGAACGAUUGAGGAAAGUACCUAGCAUGGCAUAUUUUCCGCUGAUUCAUUCACCAAAAUUCGCUGUGCAUUAUGGAGCGGGAAUGGAGCAACUCCCGCUGGUGAUACGAGAACGUGAUACUGAAUAUCAAUUUUAUAGAGUUAUGUUAUUUUCGAGAAUGCUGAAAGGAUAUCCAUUCACGAGAGAUAUGAUUAUAAAAGAGGCCCAGAUUGACAUUCCUCCUUUGCUUCGUGGUGCAGUCUGGGCAUGCUUGCUGGAUGUAAUUGAGGAUGGAAGUUAUGAGAGGAUCGAUAAAGUUACUCCUACUUCGACUGAUAGGCAGAUUGAAGUUGAUAUCCCAAGAUGUCAUCAAUACGAUGAGUUGCUUUCGUCGCCUGAGGGACACCGGAAGCUGAAGCGACUACUGAAAGCAUGGGUAGCGUCUCAUCCGCAGUAUGUCUACUGGCAAGGACUGGAUUCUCUUACAGCUCCAUUCUUAUAUUUGAAUUUCAACAAUGAAGAGCGCGCAUUUCUCAGCCUCUACAAAUUCAUUCCAAAAUAUUUACAUUGGUUUUUCCUGAAGGACAACUCAGCUGUGAUAAAGGAAUACUUGUGUAAAUUCUCCCAACUAACAGCCUAUCAUGAGCCGGUACUCGCUAAACAUUUGAACAGCAUCAGUUUUAUCCCCGAACUCUUCGCGAUUCCUUGGUUUCUAACAAUGUUUUCACAUGUUUUCCCGCUUCACAAAAUCAUUCAUCUGUGGGAUAAAUUAAUGCUUGGCGAUAACUCCUAUCCCUUGUUUAUUGGAAUUUCUGUACUGAAGCAACUUAAAUCAACUUUGAUGUCGUCUGGAUUUAAUGAAUGCAUCUUGUUGUUUUCGGACCUUCCGGACAUCGUCAUGGAAACUUGUGUGGUUGAAUCUCAAAAAAUGUACUCAGUUACACCGAAAAGCAUUUGCUAUCGAAAGAAUGUUUUGCAUGAAGUGGAUCCUGGCGAAUUUGAUAUUUCCGAUAUUUCAUUAUCUGAGUUGCAAGGAGAAGUCAGUCCGCGAAUAAGUGCAAAUGACUUAAUAGAUCUGAUAUUCAAUGGAAAGGACGCGGUUGUUAUAUUGGAUCUUCGUGGGAGUUUGGAGUUUAGUCGAAUGCGUGUAGCGGGUAGCAUCAAUAUCCCUUUCACAACUGUAUUGUUAGGCGAUACAAGGUUAGAAUCUCUUGGCGUUCCGAACUUAGAGAGUAUAUUGGCAGAUAAAAUUGUAGUUAUCGUGAGUGUGGUUCACGAAAAUGCAGUUCUAUUCUCCAAAUUUCUUAUCGAUUGUGGUGUAAGCAGAGUAUGUGUGUUGCAUCAAGGAUUCAAUAUACUUCACGCCGUUGUUCCCAGUGUACUUGUUUCUACGUAACUUUAUGAUUAGGUCUAUCAUGUGCAUUAGCAAUACGAGAUUAUAAAUGUUUUCACAAAACAAAUAAUUUUGUGUUUAUAAUAAAUAACUUAAAAACGCAUGAA